GGCUGGUUUUCCUCCUUUCCCUUCCUGCUUUUCCUGGACCUUAGUUGCUGCAGACUGACUCCAUCUCCCCCUUUCUUUCCUGCUGUACUCAGUGGAGGAUGGUGAGGAUGAAUUAAUUAAAAAGCCCAGGUAAGGGAAGCGUGUGCCAGGGCAGCAGCAGGAGCCACAGGGUGCCCACCCUGGGCUCAGCCCACUAGGCUUGUUCUCUGUCACUGCUUGCAGUCACUCAGGGGAAGCUCUUUGCCCUGUUGCUGUUUUUUCUCUUCUCCUUAUCCUCCACCCUCUGUCCUGUCCUUUCCUUCUUCCUAGAGCCAAGCUUUUGGCAGAGCCACAGGCUCUGCCCUGUGCUCACCCCACAACAGGCACUGCCAGUGCUCAGCUGCUGCUGUGACCGUCACCUCAGGAGGGUCCUGCCCAGACACCCACCAGCCAGGCAGGCUGUCCCCAGAUGAGGUGUCCUCAUGCAGGGUGUUCAGGCAGGACCCGCUGGGCACUGCUGGCACCAAGCUGGGGAGGCCAAGAUGUGCUGGAUGCAGUGGGCAGGGGUGGCUGCUGGCACUGACAGCACCUUGCUGGGGGUGUCAGGAGUUGCAGGGUAGGGAACUAAACCAGACCUGGGGCACAAUGUCAUGUGGGGCCAUGGAAUGGCUGCAGGGCUGAUCAGGAGUGAGUGCUGUCAGCAUUUCCACAAGGCUCUUGUAUCUCUGGGACUGUGGAUCCAUAUGGGGAGAGAUGGGCUGGUCAAAUAUUGUUGUGCCACCAUUCUUUCUGAUAUCACAGGGAUGCCCAUGGGUCCAACUGGGGCACAGGGCAACAUCGGCAGCCCCCACAGCUGCUGGAGCCCCCCAGUGACACUGUGUGUGACCCUGUGAAGCUGCGGAUGUUAGAGGACAUUGACGACUCAAAACCCCACACCUGGACGUCCCAGUCCCGUUCCUUCCGCAAACUGGCCCGGCUGGUGGGCGCAAGCAGCAUGGAUGAUGGUGAGGAAGAGCCUGUUAAAAAGCCCAGGAGGGUCCUGCCCCAAGCACCCACCUGGGUAGGGGUGGCUGGUGACAGUCACAACACCUUGCUGGAGAUGUUGGGAGGUGCUGGGCAGCAACUGGCCUUGGUGUUUUGCGUCCCGUUUGGCUGUGGAGCAGCUGCAAGGCUGCUGGUCAGUAUUUCCACAUGGCUUGUGCCUCCAUGGGGCUGUGGGUGCAUAUGGCAGGGAUGGUCAAACAGUGACUGUUGUGCUGCUGUUUUUUCCCAUGUCACAGGGAUUCCCAUGGGUCCAGCUGGGGCACAGUGGAGCAGCGGUGAGUGCCAGGAUCUGGCCGAGGUGUUGGCAUGUGCCAGGUCACCUUUGGAAGCACUGCCCUGUGCUGCAGUGUUGGGCAGGGCCUGUGCUGAGUUCCUGCCCUCUGUCACUCACAGGCAGCCCCAGCAGCCUCUGGAGCCCCCCAGUACCCCCGGGUGUGAUCCCGGGAAGUUGCGGAUGUUGGAGGAUGCUGAGGGCUGGCAGCCCCGCACCGGGACCUCCCAGUCCCGCUCCUUCCGCAGACUGGCCCAGCUGACGGGCACAGAUGGCAUGGAGGAUGGUGAGGAUGAGAUUGUUAAAAAGCCCAGGGAUUCCCGUGGGUCCAGCUGGGGCACAGUGGAGCAGCGACAGUCCCCACAGCCCCUGGAGCCCCCCAGCACCCCUGGGUGCAACCCUGGGAAGCUGCGGCUGAUAGAGGAUGCUGAGGACUGGCAGCCCCGCACCGGGACCUCGCAGUCCCGCACCUUCCGCAGACUGGCCCAGCUGACGGGCACCGACAGCAGCAUGGAGGAUCAUGAUGAUGUGUUUGUUAGGAAGCCCAGCCAGGUAUCCGUGCCGGACCCUUCCCCAGGAGCAACAAUGAAAACUGAACCAGGACUGGCCCCCAGGACCCCCAGUGCCACCCCCAGCCCCACCAGCCGCCCACCCUGGGCUGUGGACCCCUCGUUUGCCGAGCGCUACGCCCCGGACAAGACGAGCACGGUGGUGAGCAAGCACAGCCAGCCAGCCACACCGACCCCCAUGCAGAACCGCAGCUCCAUCGUGCAGGCGGCCCAGCAAGCCCCCGAGGGGCCCGGCCGCACCCCGCUCUGCUACAAGUGCAACAAGGUCAUCAGGGGACGGUACCUCGUGGCGCUGGGACAUUAUUACCACCCCGAGGAGUUCACCUGCUGCCAGUGCAGGAAGGUGCUGGAUGAGGGUGGUUUCUUUGAGGAGAAAGGCUCCAUCUUCUGCCCCAAGUGCUACGACACGCGCUACGCACCCAGCUGUGCCAAGUGCAAGAAGAAGAUCACUGGGGAGGUGAUGCAUGCACUGAAGAUGACCUGGCACGUGCAGUGCUUCACCUGCAACGCCUGCAAAACUCCCAUCCGCAACCGAGCCUUCUACAUGGAGGAGGGACAGCCCUACUGUGAGAGAGACUAUGAGAAGAUGUUUGGCACCAAGUGCCGCGGCUGUGACUUCAAGAUCGAUGCUGGGGACCGGUUCCUGGAGGCGCUGGGGUUCAGCUGGCAUGACACUUGCUUUGUCUGUGCGAUCUGCCAGACCAACCUGGAAGGGAAGACAUUCUACUCCAAGAAGGACAAGCCGCUGUGCAAGAGCCAUGCUUUCUCCCACGUGUGAGGAGUGGGAAUUCAGCUGUGCCCACACAUGCCCCUGGCCCUGCAUGCUCCUCUCCCCCUGCCCUGCUGGCCCCAGGGAGCCAGGCUGGGCCCUUGGCCCUUCUCCUUGCUCCUGCCUCUUUCCUGGCAGCUUCUGGCUCAAGUCCAGCCAGAUACAGUGCUGGGUCCAGCGCUCCUUAUCGCUGGGUGGCUUCUUACAUGCUUCUCAACUGGCCCUAGGAGCCUGGGGAAGGGGAUUCUGCAUGGAUCCUCCUGCCCCUGAGUCAUGCUGCAUGGUGGGCAUAACCAUGCUGAGGCUGGAGUUGGAGGGGUCUGCCACAGCUGGGCUGCUCUCUUUCUGCCUGGCAGCUCAGUGCAGGGGCAGGGAUACUCCUUACACAUCCCUGAGUGAGUGAGGACCAGUUCCUGUCUCACUCUCCACCACUUUCCCUGCUGUGUGCUUGGGGCUGGAGACCUGGCCCUGCUCCCCUCCUGGGGCCCUGCUCGUGACAGCACUCCAGCCACCCCUCAAACUGCCCUGGUGCCUCCCUGCCCCUUGCAUUCCAGGGGCAUCUGGGCCUCGUGCCCCCCACCCUGCUGGCCCUCUGCUCCCCUGGGGCUCGCAGCACCCCCAGCCCGGCGUGGCCCAGCUGUGGGCUGGCAGCGUGUGCUGAUGGCCAGCCCAGCCAGACGGCUGCUCCUGCAAGGCUUGGGCACAGCUUCCUACCAAAGAGCUCUCUGCCACUGCCAUCCUGGGGCCAUCAAUGCCUCCCCCCCAACCCACACCCUCCGGUCAGGCUGCACUGAUGUAGCCACGGUGCUUUUAGUGCCUUUAAUAAACACGUCUCUGCAAGUGC